AUGACUUCCACCGACGAAGAAAUGCCGGACGACGAUUCGCAGAGUACCGAUGAAUCUGGGAUACAAAGCUCCUCACAGCCUGACAGCCCUGUUGUUGCUGAGGUGCCUACUACCGAGGUUGAAAUAUCCGAAACCAUAUCCAUCGUCGCCGAUGAAAAGGCGAGCGGAAAGAUGAAGGUCAGGAAACUUCGACCUAAGAAAGGGACGCCUGAUCCAGAGGUUGUUAAUCCUCGCGGUUACCAGAGAGAGAUGCUGGAACACAGUCUCAAAAGAAACGUGAUCGUGGCGAUGGAUACAGGAAGCGGAAAGACCCAAGUGGCCGUGCUGAGAAUCCAAGCUGAACUCGAGAGGUGUUCGCCGGACAAGAUGAUCUGGUUUCUAGGGAAGACCGUCAGUUUGUGUGAACAGCAGUUCGAUGUUCUUGAGAGACAGAUGCCAUCGGUAUCCAUGAAACUGCUCACCGGGCAGUCGAAUAUAGACGCAUGGUCCGAAGAUGUUUGGCCUGUCAUCCUCGAAGGCACCCGCGUUGUCGUUUCGACUUUCGAAAUCCUACGGGAUGCUCUUGACCAUGCUUUCGUUAGAAUGGACAUGCUGGCCCUGAUUGUGUUCGAUGAAGUUCACAAUUGUGUAAAGAACAGUUCAGGAAGGAAGAUCAUGGUCAACUUUUACCAUGAGAAGAAGAUUGCAGGCAAGCCUGUGCCCGCCAUCUUGGGUCUGACGGCAAGUCCAGUACAGUCUAAAUCGAGACGAGAUGAGAUUCGAGAGCUCGAGAUCACCAUGGAUGCGAGAUGUGUUACGCCUACGGUUAAUCGCAAGGAGUUAUUAGAACACGUCAACAAGCCCGAUCUAAUUCGGGUCCUCUACCAUGUCGAGGAGCGUUUAGCUCUAACCCCCUUGAUGCAGGCUCUGCAGUCGGAAUACCUGAGCAUGAACCUCGCCCAAGAUCCCCAUAUUGCUAAGCUGCAAGAUCGUAUCGUUAAGACCGCGAGUGGUCACGCUGAGUUGCAAAGGGUGAUUGCGAAACACGACACUUUCUCGCAAAACCAGGUGAAAAAGCUCUGGAGCAAAAGUAAGGAUCUUCUCGAUGAGCUAGGAUCCUGGGCGGCAGACCAGUAUAUAUCAGAGCUGGUCAGUCUCUUUCUAGAAAGAGUCGACGCACCGACUACAUACACCGACAACUGGUCCAAUGAAGACAGAACGUAUUUGGCGGGACACUUGCGCCGGAUCGCUAGUGAUCCAGACAAACUCGGAUUACCCUGCACAGGCAACCUGACUGAUAAAGCUAACAAGUUGAUCCACGAACUUCUUGCAGCAAACAAGGACACGGUCGGUAUCAUAUUCGUCAAAUCGCGCGCCGCGGUUAAUGUCCUUUGCGCAAUAUUGAAAAACCAUCCACAAAUUCAACAGCGGUACUGUGUUGGUUCUGUAGUAGGGUCUGCAGCUUAUGAGACACGCAAGAAGAACGUCUACGAACACCCUACAGGUGAUAGUAACGAAAUACUGGCCGCUUUCAAAUCAGGCGCCAUCAACCUUCUAGUUUCGACGAGUGUGCUCGAGGAAGGCAUUGAUGUUGCAGCAUGUAACUUGGUCAUCUGCUUUGAUGAAACGACAACACUCAAAUCUUACAUCCAACGCCGCGGGCGAGCGCGCAAGAAACAAUCCAAGAUGAUUAUCCUGGAGAGAUCAACUUCGGACAUUCGUGAAUGGGAUUCUUUGGAAGAGGAAAUGAAGAAGCGCUACGAACACGAUCGAGAAGAGUUGGAUCGACUGAAUGCACAGGCUUCCGCCGAAUGGACGAGCUCGGAAUCUUUUCGUGUUCCGAACUCAGACGCCAGGCUGGAUCUUGAAAAUGCUCGCCAACAUCUUGAGCAUUUUUGCGAUAAGGUUUUCCGCCGAGCCUACGUGGAUGUAAGGCCUGUCUAUGUGUUCCAGAAGGAAAUAUCUGAGAACGGAAUACCGACGUUCAGUGCAACGGUGACACUACCAUCAGCCUUGCCCUAUGAUCUACGCAAGUUCCAGGGAAAAGGAGGAUGGAUGUCUGAAAAGAACGCCAUGAAAGAUGCGGCCUUCCGCGCUUACUAUGGGUUAUAUCGAGCAGGACUUGUUAGUGACAAUCUUCUGCCUAUAAACGAGGGUGCAACCAAGGAGGAAGACAAAGGAAAUUUACCAAACACUGAACUUCUCUUCAAUCCAUGGAUUCAAGUUUCGCAAAACUGGAUUUCAGAUGCUGAUAAGUGGCUUUAUACUUACGAGUUCAUCGACCACGAGAAUGCUGCACCGCUUCGUUUCCAGAUUGCUCUGCCCAUUGAGCUGCCUCGUCCUCGAGACAUCACAGUCUAUCCCAGAGAAGAGGGAGCAUGGACCAUCAAAUGUACCUCAAUCCGAAAUAUCUCCAACGACGAAUCUUUAGCUUUGCCAGAUCAUACAUCGACCCUUUUGGCAAUGCAUUUCGGACAUCGCUGGAAAGUUGAAGAUUCUGACCAUGUGAUCAAGGUUAUCUAUGGAAUCAAGGAUCUUUCACGGGACCAGAUAGGAUCUAUUCCCUUCGGAGAAAGUCCACACUACCUAGACGAUGUCUCUGAAAAGCGAAUCCUGGUUCGGGAUUCUACUAAUGCACCGUUUAUCUAUAUCAAGACAAUUGAAAAGAAACCUCGGUAUGAGGAGGUCCGGCAUCCAUUCUAUGAAUACGAAGACGCUCCGGAAGAAGAGUAUCUGGAUGUGCUUCAGUGGACGCGCAGAGCGGAUUUCCUCCACGCAGUGAGGGGUGACCAGAAUGCGAGUUCCUGCUCCAAACCCUACCGCUGGGUACUUCCUAUUUCGCAAGCCACAGUUGACGUGGUUUCACCACGAGUCGUUGAGCUGGGCAUGCUGAUCCCCUCGAUCAUUCAUGAGCUAGAAAUCCAGCUAAUCGCCUUGGAACUGUCUUCGACACUUUUGGCUCGUGUUGGUAUCACAGACUUGCAGUUGGUAGUCCAAGCCAUCAGCGCCCCCAGUGCCAUAGAGCCUGUUGACUACGAGCGUCUUGAGUUUUUGGGCGAUUCAAUCUUGAAGUUUUGCACCGUUAUUCAAGCCUAUUCCGAGCACCCGAACUGGCCCGAAGAGCUUUUGAACAAUUUCAAGGAUCGACUCGUAUCCAAUACACGGCUAGAACGCUCCUGCUUGGAAUCUGGACUAUCUAAAUUCAUACUUUCAAAGACCUUCACCGGUGUCAAGUGGCGUCCACUAUAUCGAGAUGAUUUCCUGGAGAUGCAGCCAGUUGAUGGUGCAUCACGAUUCAUUGGAAACAAAACACUCGCUGACGUGGUUGAAGCACUUGUUGGAGCCUCUUUCGAAGACGGAGGAAUGACCAAGGCUUUGAAGUGCAUCAAAGUGUUCCUUGGGGCUAACUGUAACUGGCACGAAGAAGGAAUGGCCAGAGACACACUCUUCGGCAUUGCCCCCAGCGAUGUUGGCCUACCUCCUACAAUGGAGCCCUUGGAGGACCUCAUCGGGUACUCAUUCCAGAAGAAGUCGUUGCUAAUCGAGGCCAUGACUCACGGAUCUUAUGCCGCUGAUGCACACCAGAGGUCCUACGAACAACUUGAAUUCCUCGGAGAUGCUGUCCUAGACUACUUGGUCGUGAGUCGGACGUUCCAAUACAACUCACCAAUUCCUAACAGUAUUCUGCACCUUAUCAAGACUGCAAUGGUCAAUGCACAUUUCCUUGCGUUUACCAACAUGGAUAAUGGACUGCAUCGAACCAACGUCGAGGUUGAGGAUGGUAAACCAGUGUUUACCGACGUAAAACUGCCCAUUUGGAAGUUUAUGCGACACAGCUCGCCCGAGAUGGGACGAGUGAUGAAAGAGACUGAGAAGAGGUUCGACAGUCUUCGAGACGAGAUUGAUAUCGCUAAGAGAGAGAGCGACCAUUACCCUUGGGCUUUGUUCGCACGACUGCACCCUGAAAAGUUCUACUCGGAUCUCUUUGAAGCUGUUUUAGGCGCUAUCUGGGUUGAUUCCGGAAGUAUGGAAACAUGUGCAGCUUUCCUUGCUAAGUUUGGAAUUUUCACUUACCUCGACCGGAUUCUCAAAGGAAAGAUCCAUGUUAAGCAUCCGAAAGAAGAAUUUUGUGCAAUGGCUGGGAAUAAGAAGCCAGCCUUCCUUCUCUCAAAAGGUGAUGGACCCAUGAUCGACUGGGGCUGCUCGGCCACGGUUGAAGGUCGUGUGGUAGGAGUCUCGACUGGGGCUCUCAAUAAGUUUGAGGCCGAGACCAAGGCUGCUGAAGCGGGUAUCAAGGUUUUGAAGAGGGAGAAAGAACUUGCAAAAGAACAGAAAGGUGCGAAGAAGCAGAAGCUUUCAGAAGAAUAG